UCCAAUAUUGGCGACUUAGACAAAUAAGUAGCUCCUUAGUGCUACAAAGACAUACAUAUACAUAUGUAUGUAUGUAUAUUUAUAUAUGCAAGAACAUUAUACAUAUAUACAUUUAUAUAUAUAAUAUACUACAUAUAUGUAUAUACAUAUACACAUAUUACAUACAUAACUUUUACUAAAGUUGCACUAAUCACAACAACUUGUUUUCUUGCUCACGUUGUAAAUAUCAACUGUGUCGCGCGCAACAUUGAGCCACACCAUCGCUAAAAUACACUCACUUUGUAAACUUAUCAGCAACAGUGGAUACAUUGUAUUAAAUAUCACCGAAAAAAAAUCACAUCGCAAUUGCCUUAUCUUAAAUGAUUUUCCACCCGCGUAUAAUAUAUCACAAUGCAUAUAAGUAUGUAUAUAAACAUACAUAUGUAUAUACAUCAUAACGCGUGUGUGUGUGAAAGUUCCCCACAUUGUCAGCGGCUGCGUGUAAUUAAUCAUCAUCAACGUCAAACUCAGCGUUACAGCAUUAACUGACUGACGCAGACACAACAGUGAGCCGCCAUCGCAAUCAGCGCGCCAACAACAAUUCCUUUGCAAUUACGCACAAAACGAAGCAAGCAAUACGAGUAUAAGAAUAUUAUAUCCUACACACAACUACACAUACAUAUGUAUGGCAGUGUGUGCGUGCGUAUACAACUAGUAGCUCGUGCCUAUCUUCUUCUCAACUGACAUUGCAAUUGUUGUUGUUCAACACUACAGUUCACAGCAUUUUGUUUAGUUAUUUUUCAAAUUUAUUGAUUGCUGCUGCUGUUUCGAUUGUUGCUCUUCUGUACUCGUGAAAUUGAUUAAUUGCAUUUACUGCUGAGCAAUGUUAGUGAACUCUGCCUGUUAGCCUAUUGACGUUAGUUAAUAAUCAGGCUUGUGUGUAUGCAUGUAUGUACAUACAUACAUACAUACUUGCGGUUAAAUAAUAUCGACUUUUUUAUUUAUUUUUAAGUCAAAUGCCUUGGCUUCUAGCACGGAUCGCGAAUAAAAUAAGCAUUGGCAUACACAAAUGGCGCUUGCCUUUAUUCCCGCCUCUUAUAACGGACUGUAGCGCUCAGGCGUUUAUAUUUAAAUAUCAAUGAGUAAUAAAAUUUAUGAUUUUUUUUCGUUUAACCGUCAUAAUUCUCUUACAGCAGUCAUACAAAGUAGUAUUCGAGAUUUAAUUAAUGGCAUAAAUCAAAGCGAAACGGUAUUAAAAAUAAAUAUGCGCAAAUAAAAAAGCUAACAAAGGCAAAAGUACAUUUUCAUACAAAUAAUACAAAUAUACUUGAAAUAUUAUAGUGAAAUUAAUUCAAAUUUUAUUGAGCUUUGAUUAUUAAACUUAAAUUAUAAAAGUGCAUAGUGAAGAGUGUGUGAACCAACAUUUUACUACAUGCGAAAUAACUAUUUAAAAUAUAGGUGACGCGAAUCAGUGUCGACUUCUCCCACAACGCCUCAAACUUCGCCCAGUGAUCAUCAUUCCCUGCAAACGCCUUUUCAUAGCCCAUUGACACGCCAAGCGUACAGCAGCCACCUGCCUUUUGGUCAGUCAACUGCGUCACAACAACAACAUCAACAACAACUCUCCACAAAAAUGUAUCACUCCAGUGCCGGUUACCCGGAUCUGACGGGUGGUGCGGCGGGCAACGGCGGCUACCAUCACCAAACGGCUAUGAAUGCGCCCGUCUAUGUGCCCUCGAACCGCGCGCUUACACAGAGUCAAUACAAUCAUGUGGCUACACAUUUUGGUACGGCUGCUGCACAAAACGCCUGGACAACAGACAGUUUUGGCACUGCGCAUGCGCAACUGCCGGCACAAUUCUAUACGAUGGGCUCUUGGCGUGCUGCCUACGAUCCGACCGGCUUUCAGCGUUCGUCACCCUAUGAGAAUGCGAUUGAUUUUCAGUUUGGUGAGGGACGCGAAUGUGUGAAUUGUGGCGCAAUUAGUACGCCGUUAUGGCGACGUGACGGCACCGGUCACUAUCUGUGCAACGCUUGCGGUCUCUAUCAUAAAAUGAACGGCAUGAAUAGACCGCUUAUCAAGCCGAGCAAGCGACUGAUUUUAUCCUUGCAGACGGCAACCCGAAGGCUGGGCUUGUGCUGUACGAAUUGCGGCACACGCACCACAACGCUUUGGCGCCGCAACAAUGAAGGCGAACCAGUGUGUAAUGCCUGUGGACUUUACUUCAAGUUGCACGGUGUCAAUCGACCGCUAGCAAUGCGGAAGGAUGGCAUACAGACACGCAAACGAAAGCCGAAAAAGUCAAACAGCUCGGCGGAUGGAGCGAAAGAUGGCAAAGAAGAUGAUUUGAAAACUUCGCUCGCCUUAGAGCGCCACAGUUUGCCCUCAUCGGUGGCGCUCUCUGCCAAACUGCAGUCCGAUAUGGCACUUAAAGGCAACAACAGUCUCAACAAUACAAUUAGCAGUAUGAAUAGUAGCAACUCCUUGCAUAACAUCAGUCUGAAUGCCAUCAACAGUUCGCCAUCCUCCAGCGGUUCAUUGCACAAUCCGCUCAGCCAUCACAUGCAUUUGCCCUCAGCAGCCGCACAACAGUCCCGCCAUUCAACCAUUUCACACACACAUUCACAUGCGCUCUCCUCCACCAGUAAUACACCCACCGUGCACUCAGCCAGUACAGCGUCAUCUCUAAGCUCGCACAUGUAUUCGCCGCAAAGUAAUGCGAGUACUGCGCAACUGUCCAGCUCAAGUUUCGGCUCACACGUUAUCUCCAAGUAUGAGCACCUGCUUUCGACCAGCGGCAGCGCUAGUGGUACGGCUGGCGUCAGCAGCAACAUUGGCAAUCUAAACAAUUCAUCCACUAGCGCUGUCUCGCUCUCCAACGGCCUUUCCACUAGCACGCCCAGCCCGAAUUAUCAUCACUCAGCCGCGGCGGCGGCGCAUCUGCAUCACCACCAUCAUCAUCACCAUCCAACCGCGUCGGCGGCGCAUCAUGCCGCCUCACAUCAUCCGGGUACACAUCACUCAGCGGCCGCGUUGGGCCAACACAGCGGCAGCUCACACAUCAGUUCGGCUGAUGGCAAUGCGGCUGUUGGCGGUUACAGCGUCAAAUCGGAAGCCAAUGCCAGCAAUUAUGAUUAUGUGAGUAACUGCUACUUUGGCGGCUCUUUUCCGCCAUUGAGCGCCUCCAGCGCUGCGUCGGCUGCCGGCGGCGGCAUGAGCAUGGGCAUGGGUAUGGGCGUGGGCAUGGGUGUUGGCAUGCAUGGGAUGCACGGCUCAACGGGCGAACUGGCGAGCUACCAUCAUCAUCAGCACAAUGUCAUACAGGCGGCCAAGUUAAUGGCCACAUCGUAAAUGUAUAUGCCAUGUGUAUGUGGACUGUAUGGUUUCUCAACAGCAUGGUGCGUGCUUUACGCGUCCUCUUUACGCGUCCUCAGUAGGAGCUCUAGCAAGUUUCAUGUAAUAUAUUGUAUGCAACUGCGAUUUUAGUGUUAUCUCAACUUUAUUGUACAAAAAAUAUUAUUUUUAUAAAACCAAAAUAGUUUGUUAGAAAUAUUAGAAAUAUAAUCUCAAUCAAAAUGUAUCCCAACUGUUAUAUUUAAGUGUAGCAAUUAAUUGUGUAUCGAGUGUCGAAGGUAGUUGCUCGUUUUCUCUGAUCUGUAACAAUCGAUUAGUAGUUUGAAUUAGAUCUGCAAACAAAUUAUACGCAUUAGCCUUAGCAGUCUCAUAGACUUUACAUGCCUACAUUUAAUCAUUAAUCACUCAUGUGCUUGUAAGUAGUAUUAAAAUGUAUUAUAUAUGUAUAAUAUUAAAUGUCAAUAUGUUAACUGAAUGAUAUCGAAUUGUAUUAUAAAUAGCAUUAGUGCAAUAUGAAAAGAAAAGAAUUCUAAUAAAAUGUGAAAACCGCAAGAAUAACUCAUUGUAUACAAGGAACUCUAACUGAAACCUUCAAAAUGAGUAGGUAAUAGCUGAUUAUACAGUGAAUAAUGGAAUUGUGAAAUUGUAGAAAGAACGCAAAAUACUUAAUUAUUCAUCAACAUUUAAUAUGAC